AUGGCGCAGGCAUCGCCUGGACCGGGUGGUGAUUCACCGAAUACUCCCAUGGAGGAAGGUGAUCCACUCUUGCGGUCAGCGAAGAAGCAGCGCCCCAUGAAACGUUCAUUUGCGGAUGCGGUUGCAUCCAUCAACAUCCCUGCGGUUGAAGUUCCAUCACGUGUGGAGGCCAAUGAAUGGGCUUUUGAAGACAUCGACGUGGAGUUCGACACUGAACCAGAUGCUGACAAACUAGUCGAUGGGAGACCGAGAGUUACUUUCUCAAAGGAAUUACGUAAAGAGCUGUGCAGUGCAUGGAAGAUGGCACUGAUCAUCAAGUACUUAGGGAAGAACAUCCAUUGUAAUGUUCUGAACCAAAGGCUGCCUACCAUGUGGAAUCUGCAAGGAAAAAUGACACUGAUCGACAUUGGUUAUGGAUACUUUGUCGCCCGCUUUGAUAGUAAAAUAGAUUAUCUCCAUGUCCUCCUCGACGGACCGUGGAAAAUAUUCGAUAACUAUCUUGUUACCCAGCGUUGGGAGCCGGAGUUCAGACCUCGAACAGCCAAGCUCUCAAAAAUGGCAGUUUGGGUCAGACUCCCUGACUUGCCGAUGGAAUACUUCCGUGACGACACCAUUAGAGCCAUUCUGGAUAACGUGGGAAAGUCGCUGAAGUUGGAUAGAACAACAUCUGUUGCGACGAAGGGGAGAUUCGCCAGAGCAGCGGUUGAAGUAGACCUAAAUAAGCCGCUAGUCUCCGAUGUGUUGGUUGGAAACUCUGUUCAAUUAGUCGAGUACGAAAGUCUGCACGUCGUCUGCUUCAAUUGUGGCGUGGUUGGGCAUCGGGAGCAGUCUUGUCCAGAGAUCAAAUCGGCAGAAACCGAGGUACCAAAUAUGGACAUUAACGGAGAUUCGUCGCCGGAAGCUGAUGCGGCUCGCCAACCUGAGACACCAACUCCUGCACCUAUGGCUCAGCCUAGACCCAAGUAUGGGACUUUGAUGUUGGUCACGAAGAAAGCAAAGCCGCCGGCUGCUGUUAACAACUCUCGAAAUACCAGAAAAGACUCUAGUGUCUCUGCUGCUCGUGGAAAUCAGUUUAGCAUACUGUCAAACAUUAAUGAUAUGGGCAGAACAGCCACAAGAAGCAACAACACAGACAAGAGAAAAUCUAAACCGGGACCUAAAUCUGGUCUCAAAGGUAAGUCUCUGCUUCCUGUUAACUCUCCCCAAGCUGCCGCUCCGCCGUCACAGCCGGUUACCACUACGGUUCUUCCCGAAAAUUCUCGCUCGACCAAUCCGGAUUCGAGAGGUCGUGGGGGACAAACGACCGUUAACCGUGGUAAGGGGAGAAAAGCUGGACAAAAUUCUUCGGCUAGCCACAUUAAUUCUCCUUUGGACUCUACUGCCACGCUCUGGAAUAGAGGCAUUGUCAAUGGACGUGUGAGGAAGCAUGUCAAACAGCUUUUGACCACGUCCAGAGUCGACGCCUUCUGCUUGCUUGAAAUCCGGUCCUCUAGGGCGGAUAAGAUGAUUGAUUUAGCUCAUAAUCUGGGUUAUAAUAACCGCUUCUUGGUCGACCCCAUUGGGUUUGCAGGAGGCCUUCUGUUGUUUUGGAAACAAGGUCAUAUUGACCUUGAUGUUAUUAGCCACAAUUCGCAGGCUAUUCAUGCCAAAGUGAACCGCCGACCUGUUUUGGGACUAUUGCAAAUCGCUGGCAUCUACUAUACGAGAGCCAUGGAUGGUCCUUGGGUUGAUACUAGUGGAGUGGGUAGCUUAGCACCGGUCAUGGAGACCAACACUAUCUCCCCCAACUAG